AUGCGGGUAAUCAUCGUUGGCGGGGGCCUGGCGGGCCUCACGCUUGCAAGUGCACUGGAAAAAGCGAAUGUUGAUUUUGUAUUGCUAGAGGCCCGAGGUCGAUUUGAUCCCCCAGUCGGAGCAUCGAUUGGGCUGAAUGCUGCCGCAAUGCGCAUCCUGGAUCAGCUAGGCGCGGCCAAAGAGAUCAUGGAUCAUACAACACCAAUCAAAAUGUCCAAACUUCAUCGCAGCGACGGUACACUGGUCAUGCCACCAGCGUUCACUUUCCCGAUCUUGAAAGCCAGUUUCAUUGAAGAAUAUGCUAGGUUUGGCUAUGGAGUAUGCUUUCUGGACCGACAACGCGCUCUCAAGGCGUUGAUAGGCUCAAUUACACUGAAAGACAAAAUGCUGCCCAACAAGACCGUGUUGCGGAUCGACCAAACGGAUUCUGGCGUCAGUGUGUACUGUGAAGACGGCUCUUCCUACCAUGGUGAUGUAGUCGUUGGCUGUGAUGGCGUCAACAGCAAAGCAUCGACCCGUAGCGAGAUGUGCCGUCUUGCUAAGGAGGAUCCAGACCACUUCCGAGCGCUGAAGAAGACAAGAAUGAGUGCUGAAUUCAACUGUCUCUUCGGCAUAUCUGACCCCGUAGAUGGUCUCAUCGAGGGAACCGUCGACACCGUUUUUGACCAUGGCAGGUCCAUGCUCGUGAUCACCGGGAAACAUGGACGAGUGUUCUGGUUUUACCAUGAGAAGCUGGACAAGGUCUAUUAUACCGAUGCCAAAGACUUCCCACGAUACUCUCAAGCAGAUGCGGAGAGUCUCGCGCUCAAAAAUGCCUGGCGGCCUAUCACCGAGACGGUGACGCUGGGAGACCUCUGGGAAAAGCGGGUGACCUGCACGCUGGUGCCGUUGGAGGAGGCCCUCUUUAAACUGUGGAGCUGGGGACGUAUAGCGACUGUUGGGGAUAACUCCCAUAAGAUGACCCCUAAUACUGGCCAAGCUGGGAACAAUGCAAUCGAGUCUGCUGCUGCGCUAGCAAAUCAACUCCAAAGGAUCCAUCAUGAGGGGCCGAUCACCUCUCAGACAAUCAGGUCAGCGUUGCGCAAGUGGCAGGAGAAGCGCCAGGCCCGAGUCAACGCGACAGUGAAAGAAGCGGCGAUGGUUUGCCGAUUGCAGGCACUGGAUAGUCGCAUGGCCCCCUUCGUCAUGAACUAUGUUGUGCCAAAUGCCACCGAGUCGCUGCUGAGUUUAGUUACCGGUACGCUCAUCGGCGCUGAGAUCAUUGAGUACCUACCAGUCCCAGCCCAGUCUUUCGAAGGCUCCUGUCCCUUCAACCCAAGCCAAGGGAUCGGCAAACACGAAAGAUUGCUCAAACGUACGGCCCUUGCGUUGCCAUUGCUCGUUCUCUCUUCUUGGGUGGCGACAAUGACACCCAUUGACAGUGUGAAUGGUUCUAUACGCCAGUUCCUGCAGCCAAGACAACUCACGGAAUUCGGUGAACGAGCGCAGUUGCUUCAAAAUUUACGCGCUCUUGCUGAGGAGAGUGUCAUUUAUGCCAUAUGGCUCAUUGAGUCGAACCGUCGUGCCAAUGUGAUGACGUUCGCGCAGUUUCCAACCAUCUUCUGGCUCCUUGGCCUUAGGUUUGGACCGGGGGUUGUUACUCCUUGUUACUAUGCCCUGCACUUUGUAUUCUCAGGCAUCGAGAAAUUCGCGGCAGCUGAUGCAAGGCUCACCAAUGUGGCCUACACCCGGUUGAUCUUGCCCUCAGUAGUGCUCUUCAUGGGUGCACCGGUUUUCCUCACCCUGAGUGGCUACUCCAUCAAGGUCGAUACAGCCCGGUGGCACUGGCGAUGGAUGCUCCAGCCACAGAUCUUGAUUGCAACCACGCAGUGGAUCAUGGUCAAAUCUCGGAUGAGCAAAGUCAGCAUGCACGAGGACACAAUGAGCAACCAGCUGCGGGAUCUCCCCUACAUCCGAUGGUGCGUAUGUGUCCUCAGUGCCGUAUCUGCAGCGAGUUACAUAGCUACUCGGCAGAGCGUACUCUUGGACGCCUUUUCGCCUGCUCUCUUGCCCGGUGCAGGUGGAGAUUUGUCCGAGUUGAGCCGACACGGGACCCUCCUCGCGAGUCUCUUCUGGGUCGGCCUCUUGACCCAUGAUAUCAAGAGCGCCGGGAUGGCUAAAGAAAGUUGGGCGAAGAUACUCACAAUAGGCUUUGCGUCUGGCGCACUUGCAGGCCCUGUGGUUUCCAUGGCGCUGGGGUGGAUUUGGCGAGAGGAGAUAUUGGCGUCUAGGAGAGAAAGACACGCGGUCACUAGGGACAAGUAUUCAGGAAAGUCAAUCCUUGACGUCCAAAAAGAGAUGCUCUUGCCCGGGGGAAGGGCGGCGAAGUGA